AUGGGACAGAAGAGCAGUUGCCUCACGCACAAACAUACCGGUUUAGGAACCGCAUCGGCCGAACAGUAUCGCCAGCCUGAGAACGGCACAGCCCAGGACCUUCUCAAGGAUAUCGCCCGGAAAAGCAAGCUCCAGGCUCGCGGGAUGUCGGGGAAAUGUCAAGAUGGCGAGGCUGGCACCGGGAGCUCGAUGCACGUAGCGGAGCAGAAUGGAAACGCGGUUGGCGAGAGUGCAUCAACAAAGCGGUUGAGGAUCACCUCAACUGAAGAUACUGAUACGGAGACAACUGUUACUGCGCCCGUCGUUCAAGAGGUCGUGAAACCCCACGUCCACGAGAUUCGACAAGAGGAAAUCCAUCGCGACAUUCAUGUACACACAAACCACACCAUUAUCCAGCCUGUCUACGAUCUCGAAGCUCUACCACCGCGGCACUUUGUCCCCGACGAGACUGGAAAGCUGGUUGAGGUCAGCGAGUCAGACCUACCCGCCUGCACGGGACGAAAUGCCCAAUGGCACAUCGCGGCUGGUCCCGUCCCCGACAAAACCAAGAGCAAGCAGGCUCUCGGGACGGCGGCGAUUACCAAAACCGGGUCACCCAAUAGCACCAGCGGGGCCGUGAACGACUCGGACACUUCCUCGUCGACGGAUUCCGUGCCCGUGAUGGAGGUUGGCCAGCAAGAAGAAGCGACGCCAAUUGUGCAGAAGGCUGCCGUACCAAGGUCAACAACGACGCAAGCCAAUGAAGGUACGACAAAGAAAACCUCUCGACUGCCGAAACCGUCGACUGCGGGUCAAACAACAACGGUGGCUGCAAAGUAGCAAAGCCUGAGCUGCAUUUGUGUCCAUCUAUGAGUGUUGCGGGAAGUCUUUGUCAUUGGUUGCCUAUGUCUUUCUUUUGUUGUCAAAGUAUGUUGGUCAAAGACACGGCGAUUGUCAGUUAGUGGCUUGUUAUUAAGCUUGGUGAGAGAUGAUUCAAGUUAGGAAUGGUGGAAAUUUAGGCGUGUCCAAGGUAGAUACCUCCCUACAGCUAGGUACAUGAUUCUCUUUAAAGAAAUAGAAAAUGGAUAUGGGUAGUGAUUUUCCAGUCAUGAUCACAGUUGUGUAUGGGAGC